UCCGAGUCUCGGGUCUUUAAAUGUAGGUUUGUCGUAAGUUUCUGUAAAUCUGUGUCUGAUUUCCUCUGUAAUCCUCUUCUUUUCUAUCACCUGUAUCAUGUGAUGGUGAAAUCAUUUUCAGUGGGAGCUGACUGGGUUGGUCCGUGGGUCCGUGGGGUUAAACCGGGUCAGACAGGUCUGUACGCAGAUCCAGGAAGAGGACCAACAGCCUGAGCUGAGUGGAUCUGAAAACUGAGGUAAACAUUCACCAGUCUAACACUGGUGUCAGCUGUGUAAGGCCAGACAUGGACUGAGCUAAGCCGAACCCGGACCCUGAGCCAAAGACCAGGACCACAGAAGAACCCGGACCCUGAGCCAAAGACCAGGACCACAGAAGAACCCGGACCAUGAGAAAACACCUCCACCAGUAGUUCAUCCAGGGCUCAGAGGUGAACCCCCUUUCCCCUCCACCCCUCCACCAUGGAGAAGAGGGCUGAACACACAGAGGAGGGGCUCUCAUCCUCCCAAAGCAUUGUGGGGAGGGAUGAUGGGUACCACGCAGCGGAAAGGGUCCAGCAGAGACCACGUUCCCCUGUACAGAGCUGUGUGUCCUUGAAGAGCGACCAGUCCAUGGAUCCUAAGUUCCUUUUCAAACACAGGGAUUCCAGGACCCUGCAGAGGUCUCAGAGCUGGGAGUCUCUGAAGAGUGACUGGUCCAUGGAGCCUCCGUUCCAUUUCAAACACAGGGUCCAGCAGAGACCACGUUCCCCUGUACAGAGCUGUGUGUCCUUGAAGAGCGACCAGUCCAUGGAGCCUCCGUUACUUUUCAAAGACAGGGUCCAGCAGAGACCACGUUCCCCUGUACAGAGCUGUGUGUCCUUGAAGAGCGACCAGUCCAUGGAUCCUAAGUUCCUUUUCAAACACAGGGAUUCCAGGACCCUGCAGAGGUCUCAGAGCUGGGAGUCUCUGAAGAGUGACUGGUCCAUGGAGCCUCCGUUCCAUUUCAAACACAGGGUCCAGCAGAGACCACGUUCCCCUGUACAGAGCUGUGUGUCCUUGAAGAGCGACCAGUCCAUGGAUCCUAAGUUCCUUUUCAAACACAGGAGGUCUCAGAGCUGGGAGUCUCUGAAGAGUUACUGGUCCAUGGAGCCUCCGUUCCAUUUCAAACACAGAAUUGUGCAGAGACCCCCGAGCUGUGAGUCCCUGAAGAGUGACUGGUCCAUGGAAGCUGGUCCUGUGUCCUUCACAUGUGGACAGACCUCCAAUCAAAGUGACCAGCAGAGGUCAGAGGUCAUAUGUCCAACCUACCAGGGCUCAGUAUUGGCGCUGCUUGAGAAGAAGAUGGUUGCAUUCGUGAAGAAGGAACUGAAGGUUUUUACCAGGCUCCUCAGUCCAGAUUACCAAGACUUUUCAUCAGAGUCCAGAGAUGAUGGUGCUGAGGUGGACAGUGAGGAGGCGGAGCAGUGUAGGAGCAGCAAGGAGGCUUUGGCCAAGUUUGCAAUCCACUUUCUCAGGAUGAUGAAGCGUAAUGACCUGGCUGAAUGUCUGCAACUCAGGACCUCUGCUGUACGUUGCCAGUAUAAGCUCAAAUCUAACCUGAAGGAGAAAUACCAGUGUGUGUUUGAGGGGAUUACUAAAGCAGGAACCCCAGCGCUUUUAAACCAAAUCUACACAGAACUCUACAUCACAGAGGGAGAAGCUGGUGGAGUUAAUGAUGAACAUGAGGUCAGACAGAUUGAAAUACCAUCAAGAAAACCAGCAAGAUUGGAGACAACAAUCAGCUGUAAAGACAUAUUUCAACCCCUGCCUGCCAGAGAUCGACAGGUUAGAACACUGAUGACGAAGGGAGUUGCAGGGAUCGGAAAAACUGUCCUAACACAGAAGGUCACUCUGAAUUGGGCUGAAAACAAAACCCACCACAGAAUACAAUUCAUAUUUCCAUUCACAUUCAGAGAGCUGAAUGUACUGAAAGAAAAACGCUUCAGCCUGGUGGAAUUUGUUCAUCACUUCUUUCAUGAAAUCAAAGAAGCAGGAAGCUGUAGCUUUGAAGACUCCAACGUCGUGUUCAUCUUUGAUGGCCUGGACGAGUGUCGACUUCCUCUGGACUUCGACAACAAUCCGACUCUGACUGAUGUCACAGAGUCCGUCUCAGUGGAUGUGCUGCUCACAAACAUCAUCACCGGGAAACUACUUCCAAAUGCUCGCCUCUGGAUAACCACACGGCCUGCAGCAGCCAAUCAGAUCCCUGCUAAAUAUGUUGACAUGGUGACAGAGGUCAGAGGGUUCAAUGACCCUCAGAAGGAGGAGUAUUUCAGGAAGAGAUUCAGUGAUGAGAAGCAGGUCAGAAAAAUCAUCGCCCAUAUUAAGAAAUCCCGAAGCGUCCACAUCAUGUGUCACAUCCCAGUCUUCUGCUGGAUCACUGCCACAGUUCUGGAGGAAGUGAUUAAAACCAAAGAGGGUGCAAGGCUACCCAAGAACCUAACAGAGAUGUACAUCCACUUCCUGGUGGUUCAGGCCAAGCUAAAAAAUGUCAAGUAUGACAAACGAUCUGAGACAGAUCCACACUGGAGUCCAGAGAGCCGGAAAAUGAUUGAGUCUCUGGGAAAACUGGCCUUUGAGCAACUGCAGAAAGGAAACCUGAUCUUCUAUGAGUCAGACCUGACAGAAUGUGGCAUCGAUAUCAGAUCAGCCUCAGUGUACUCAGGAGUGUUCACAGAGUUCUUUAGAGAGGAGAAAGGACUGUACCAGGAGAAGAUGUUCUGCUUCAUCCAUUUGAGUGUUCAGGAGUUUCUGGCUGCUCUUCAUGUCCAUCUGACAUUCUUCAACACUGGGGUCAAUCUGUUGGAAACACAGUUGACCACUCAGAGGCCUAAGCCUGUCACAGACAAAGCUAAAGCGAAACUCUUCUACCAGGCUGCUGUGGUGAAGGCUCUAGAGAGCCCAAAUGGACACCUGGACCUGUUCCUCCGCUUCCUCUUGGGCUUGUCAGUGCAGAACAACCAGACACUCCUUCACGGGCUCAUGAAACAAAUUCAGAGAAGCUCACAAAUCAGUCAGGAAGCAGUCCUGUUUAUUAAGGAAAAGAUUUCCCAGAGUUUUUCUACAGAGAUGACCAUCAAUUUGUUUCACUGUUUGUUUGAGCUGAAUGACCAGUCUCUGGUGGAUGAGACUCAACGUUUCUUGAGUUCAGGAAAUCUCAGACAGGACAGACUCUCUCCUGCUCAGUGGUCAGCAUUGGUCUUCAUUCUACUUUCUGAAAAAGAAGUGGAUGUGUUUGAUCUGAAGAAAUUCUCUCCCUCAGAAGAAGGUCUUCUCAGGCUGCUGCCAGUGGUCAAAGUUUCCCGUAAAUCUCUGCUGAGUGGCUGCAUUCUGUCUAAAACAGGCUGCACAGCUUUGGCUUCACUUCUCAGGAGCCAGUCCUGUUUGCUAAGAGAAUUGGAUCUGAGUUAUACUGAGAUGCAAGAUUCAGGACUAACGGUGCUGUCUGAUAACAUGACCAGCGAACACUGUAAACUCGAAGUUCUGAGGUUAAAUGGCUGUAAGCUGACGUCCAGAAGCUGUUGUGCUCUAUCGUCGGUUCUCUCCUCUCAGUUUUCCAAGCUCAAAGAACUGGAUCUGAGUAAUAACAGCCUGAAGCGUGAAGGAGUAGUGUCGCUCUCAACUGGCCUUCAGAGCCCACACUGCAAAAUGGAAAUUCUCAAGUGUAGUGGCUGUAACUUGUUCAGUGACAGCUGUGACGCCCUGGCUUCAGUUCUUAGAUGUCAGUCCUCUAGUCUUCGAGAGCUGGAUUUGAGCAACAACGACCUGCAGGAUUCAGGAGUACAUCUUCUUGCGACUGGACUCCAGAGUUCACAUUGUGUACUGGAAACUCUCAGUCUGUCAGGCUGUUUGCUCACAGAGAAUAGCUGCACUUCGUUGGUAUCUGCACUAAUCUCCAAUCCACAUCAUCUGAGGGAGCUAGACCUGAGCUACAAUCAUCCAGGAGCCUCCGGAAUGAACGCACUCUGUGACAAACAGAAAGAUCCAAACUACAAACUGGAUAUUGUCAGGACGGAUUAUGCUGGAGUACACCGACUGAAACCAGGGGUGAAGAAGUAUGCCUGUCAGCUCAGUCUGGACUCUGCCACCGCUCACCCAAGGCUGUGUCUGUUUGACAACAACACUGUGACCGAUGAGGACGAGGACCAGCCUUACGCCAAAAAGGAAGACCGCUUCCAGUUCUGGUACCAGGUGCUUUGUAGUGAUGCUCUGAGAGGUCGCUGUUACUGGGAGGUGGCAUGGAUGGGGCUGGUGUCGGUGGGAGUGGCCUACAGCGGAACCCGCAGGACGGGACGUGGUGAAGAGUCCAUGUUGGGAGGAAACACCUGCUCCUGGACUCUGGACUGCUCUGCUGACCAUUACUGUCCCUGGCAUCAGAACAAAGGCACCUCUAUCCAGAAGCCCAUCCCAGACGGCACCAACGGCAGAGUGGGACUGUAUCUGGACUGGAGCGCCGGCACCAUUUCCUUCUAUGCCGUGUCCUCGGACAGACUGGAGCACAUCCACACCUUCUACUGCAGCUUCACUGAACCUGUGUACCCGGCCUUGAGGAUCCGCUCUGAGUUCACCUAUGGCUGCUGUAACUCAGUGUCUCUGUGUCCAAUGGACCAAGACUAGACACACUUUGACACUGACGAUGAAUGGAAAACACAUUCCAUAUGUUGACUGUGAAGCAUUCUGCAGGAAACACCUUUCACAUUGAGACAAAGUUCCACUGAAGUGGAAUGAAGGUCAGUGUGGAGGGUUCAUGUUUCAUUUUCCUACUGAUCACCAGGGUUAGGGUUAGGGUUAACAGACCAGUGGGCUUCAAUAUUUACAGCAUCUUGUGAUCGUUUUUGCACAUAAUAUAUUUCGAAGUGUCCAUUUUAAUUAACCUGCUGUAGAGGUUUUUAAUGUUUUCCAAAUGCCCAUGAAUCAUCUGGAUUUGUAAAUGAUAAUUCAGUCAUAAAGUGAACUGUCUUAACUUCCUAAGACCCAGAAAAUGUCAGUAAAGUACCAGCUUUUUUUUGUUUUUUAUAAAAUAAGUGCCUAUAUUGGAAACAUCAUGAUGCAACAGUUUUUUCAGAUGCAGUUUUUAAAAAUUUUAUGGAAUGUCCUUGUGGUGGACAGUUUUCUUUUCUCUUUUUUGGUAUAAAGUUGUGAAACUCUUGUCCACAAAUGUGGACAGAAAGCCCAUAGUUGGGUCUGAGGAGGUUAAAUCAUGCAUUGUGUUCAAAAGGGGCAAUGGAGCAAAAAUAUGCAAAUAAAAAAAGACAUUCCAAUGUCACAGUUUGCUCCUAAAUAAACAAAUAAAGAAAACA